AUGACCUCAGAGAGUGGGAGGGGCUACGAAGUUGUCCAGCCAAUCAGACUACACACCCUACAUAGGAGAGACACGCAGUCUUCUUGGCCGGACGAGGUGUCGUACGCCAUGACGGUGAGCGGGAGGGAUGUGGUGAUGCGUCUGGAGAGAAACACUGCCCUGCUGAGCAGAAGCUACACUGAGACACACUACACCACGAAUGGGACCCGGCUCACCUCCACCCCACAGGACCUGGAUCACUGCUACUACCAGGGCAGGAUAGUGAACGACAGCGAGUCUGUGGUUAGCAUCAGCACGUGUAACGGACUGAGGGGUUACCUCAGGACAGCAUUGCAGCACUACCUGAUCGAACCCUUAUCAGGCAAUGACACCGGUGACCACAGCCUGCGCCCCUACCAGAGCCCAGAAUCCACCUGUGGGGUUACCAACACCAGCUGGGACCCUGUCUUUCCCUCUGCCGACACACGAGGGCGCUCCAGAGCCUCGGCUGCUGUUCUUUUGAAGGAGAAGAAAUAUGUGGAGCUGUUCCUGGUUGUUGACAACAGAGUGUUUCAGCAGCUGAAUGGUGAUCUCAAAGCAGUGAGGAGGAGAGUCUUCCAGAUGGUGAACUUUGCAAACACGGUUUACCAGCCACUCAACACCUCCAUUGUCCUUGCGGGGCUGGAGGUGUGGUCGGACGGGGACAAGAUUGAAGUGUCAGUCUCCCCCAGCCGAACUCUGGGGCUCUUCACCGCCUGGAGAAAUGUGGAACUACUGAGGACAAGCCCACAUGACAACGCACAGCUGAUAACGGGCAUCGACCUGGAGGACACUAUAGUGGGAAUAGCCAAAGUGGGGACUAUAUGCUCCACCGAAUCUACUGGAGUUGUGCAGGACCGCCGCUCCCAGGUAUUCGCCGUGGCAGCAACACUGGCCCACGAGAUCGGGCACAACCUGGGCUUGGGGCACGAUGCAACGGGCUGUUCGUGUGGAGACAGAGUGCCCUGCAUCAUGUCCUCAGUUCAGGGGUGGCCGAUCCCACGGUUGUUCAGCAGCUGCAGCCGUCAGAUGUUUGGGGCGUACCUGAGUUCCCGCGUCCCGCCCUGUCUCUUCGAUCGGCCGGAUUUGGAGCUGGCCUACAAUUCAGCGUGUGGGAACGGAGUGGUGGACAGGGGGGAGGAGUGUGACUGCGGGCCAGAGGAGACGUGCCAGAACCCUUGCUGCCAUGCCUCAACAUGCAAACUCACUGCAGGCUCCGACUGUGCUACAGGAGAAUGCUGCAAAAACUGUAGGUUCGCUUCACCCUUGAUGGAGUGCCGGAGUCGGCGGGAUGAAUGCGAUCUGGCAGAAUUCUGCACGGGGAGUUCCGCCCAGUGCGCACGGGACGUCUUCGCCCAAAAUGGGAUCCCCUGCAGGGACAGGCAGGGCUACUGUCGUGAUGGACACUGCCCCCUACUGGCUGAACAGUGUAUCAGGACAUGGGGAGACACUGCUCAUGUGGGCCGGAAUUUCUGUUACGAACAAAACGUCCAGGGCACCUACUAUGGGUCUUGCAGAAGAUCAGACACUGGGGACUACAUCCCCUGCAAGGAAAAGGAUGUGAGGUGUGGGAAAUUGUUCUGCACCGAGGGCAACAAGGAACCCAGCUCCGGCCAGGCGGCAGAGUUUUCUGACUGCAGAACCACGUUUAACACAGACCAGAGCAAGGAGCAGGGCCUGGUGGAUGGAGGGACUCGCUGUGGGGAAGGACUGGUCUGCAAUGAUAACCAGUGUGUGGACCUGGAAAUGGCCUACAGAGCAACCAACUGCUCAGCAAAGUGCAAAGGCCACGCGGUGUGCAAUCACCAGUCGCAGUGUCAGUGUGAGCCUGGCUGGAUACCCCCGGACUGCCAGGCUCUGUACGACAGCGACCAGGCAGUGUCUGCAGGAACGGUCAUCGCCAUCGUCAUAGGAACUGGCACCACCUUAGUGCUCCUGCUCGCCCUGAGCGGAAUGGCGGUUCUCCUCAAACGCAGACAGAAGCUCUCCAAGCCCCCCAGAUUCCCACCACAGAUGGAGAAGGAUCUUGGUCAGAAUAACCCAGCUUUCCCUGUCGAAAUCUACUCGGUGUAUCAAAACCAAACCCUCACAAACAUGGCCUAUCCAAAUUACCCACAGGUGAAAUAA